AUGGGCGCAUUACUUGAAUGUGUUCACCUUGAAGACUUGAGUGUUAAUGGUAUACCUAUACAGGAAGAUGAAGUCGAUCAAUUUUUUCAAGUAUGCAAGGAAAUUAAGCGCUUGGGUAUGAGCAAUAAGAUGUCUAGAAUUACAGUUAUCGUUAUGUCAUUAAUUAUAUUCUCAUCCCAGACUCUCCAUAACACACUUGUCGGAUCCAUAUGGAAGCACAUCUUUGUGGCAGAUGAUUCAGGGUUCCCAUGGGAAGCGCUACAGAACAACAAGGAGCACAUCGAGGAGCUUCAUUUAUUUAUUAACCUACCAGGGGAUUGCAGGUCAUUGAAAGGCUGUACCCGCCUCAAUCGCGUCAGUUAUGAUAUACCAACACGCUCUUCAAUCUCGAACGAUCUCCUCAACCUCAUCAAGGCCCAUAGAUCCACAAUCACUAAUUUUUCGUUUAUGUAUGGGUAUUCGGGCUUGGGGAGAUAUCAGAGACACUAUUGGGAUGCACCAACCUUAGAAUCUUAG